AAUACAGGAAUACCAAGCUAGCCAUUUUCCUUCCAUUCCUCAAUAGCAAAGUACCGAUGAAUAAUGACGAUCCACACGAAAACGGCUCUGCUAUGCCUCCUAGGCGCCGUAGCAACUACGGCAUGGCUCUCCUUCGCCGUCGCGCAACCACAGCCGCCGCCGGCCUGCCGGAGAAGAUGCGGCGACGUCGACAUCCCUUACCCGUUCGGCCUCAACGGCGAUGCCCCCGGCUGCGCCCUGGGCCACGGCACCUACGGCUUCAACAUCAGCUGCAACGACACCGGCAACGGCGUGUACAAGCCCUUCAUCUGGGACGUCGAGCUGCUCGGCGUCUUGCUGCCGGAAGGCCAGGCCAGGAUCCUGAUGAGCAUCUCCUCCUACUGCUACAACCCGGCCACCGGCGCCAUGGACGGUCCCGAAAACAACACCUGGGCGCUCGACUUCACCUCGUCGCCGUACAGGUUCUCCCACACCGGCAACGUGUUCACCGCCAUCGGGUGCCGCACGCUCGCCUACAUCGGCGGCGACAACGUGGACGCCGACGUCGGCAGCCUGACCACCGGGUGCGUGGCCACGUGCCGGCUGCAGGCCGGCAACCUCACCGUCACCGACGACGACGUCGGCGCCUGCUCCGGCAUCGGAUGCUGCCGGACGUCCAUCCCCGUGGGGCUCCAGUACUACUACGUCUGGUUCGACGACCGCUUCAACACGACGGCCAUCCACAACGUGAGCCGCUGCAGCUACGCGGCGCUCAUGGAGAAGUCGUCGGCGUCGUGGUUCAGGUUCACCCCGGCGUACGUCACCUCGUCGGCGUUCAACGACACCUUCAACGGGCAGGUCCCCUUGCUGCUUGAUUGGGCCAUCGGAAACGAGACCUGCGAGCAGGCGAGGCGAGCGAGUCCCGAGUCCUAUGCGUGCAGGAGCAGAAACAGUGAGUGCUUUGACUCGCCAAGCGGGCUAGGCUACAUCUGCAAUUGUUCCAAGGGAUUCCGUGGAAAUCCUUACCUGCACCCAGAAGAUCCCAGCAGUUGCCAAGAUAUUGAUGAGUGCACGGAUCAGAACAUGAAUAACAAUUGCCACGGGAUUUGUCGUAAUACUCUUGGUGGGUUCGAAUGUAUUUGUCCUGCGGGUACCCGAGGCAAUGCCUCAGUUGGACAGUGUCAGAAAGUGCUAACACAUGGAGUACUGUUGGCUAUAGGAAUUUGUUCCUCAACGGUUGUUGGCCUUCUAAUUUUCCUUGGCAUAGAAUGGAUCAAGUAUAAACGUCGAUUGGUUAGACAAGAUCUCAUGAAUAAAAGGGAUGCAUAUUUUCGUCAACAUGGAGGCCAAUUAUUACUUGAUAUGAUGAAAUUAGAGAAUCAAGUUUCAUUUAAGUUGUAUGACAGAGAAGAAAUUGAGUUAGCAACAAACAACUUCAGGGAGAGCGCAAUCCUCGGUCAGGGCGGUCAGGGUACUGUUUACAAAGGUUUUGAUCUAGAUCCAGAAAACAAUCCUGUGGCAAUAAAGAGAUGCAAGGGAAUCGAUGCGAAUAGGAGGAUGGAAUUCGGACAAGAGUUGCUCAUACUCUCCCGAGUGAGACAUGAGUACAUUGUCAAACUUCUUGGUUGUUGUCUGCAGUUUGAAGUUCCUGUUCUAGUAUAUGAAUUUGUGCCGAAUAAGACCCUACACUAUUUGAUUCAUGGCCAAAGCGAUGCAUCCACUAGAACACUAGAUAUCCGACUGGAAAUCGCUGCCCAGUCUGCUGAAGCACUUGCAUACCUACAUUCACUUGAUCAUCCUAUUUUUCAUGGGGAUGUGAAAUCUGCCAACAUACUUAUUGGUGACAAAUUUACUGCAAAAGUUUCUGAUUUUGGGUGCUCAAUAUUUAGGGCAGCGGCUGAUGAAAAUAUUAAUGUAGUGAAGGGAACAAUUGGUUAUCUAGAUCCAGAAUACCUCAUGACGUUCCAGUUGACUGAUAAGAGUGAUGUCUACAGCUUUGGCAUUCUUCUUCUAGAGCUCUUGACACGUAGGAAGCCUCUAUCCAAUGAGGUGAGCCUCGCCUCUCUCUUCCAAGAUGCUAUGAAGAAGGGAAACAUUGAUCAUCACAUAGAUAAAGAAAUACUACAUGAGGAUAACAUGGAACUGCUAUACGAAUUCGCAUGUCUAGCAAGCCAGUGCUUAGUUAUGGACAGUGAGAACAGGCCAGCAAUGAGCCAUGUGGCAGACAUACUUCGGCAAUUGGCAGAUACGGCGUCACAACAACACACUGGCACACUUCAGGGUAUUCGCUCACUCAGAUUAUUGGGAAACUCAAGUGGUAGCAUCUCAGAGCCGUGUUAUUCUCCUGUUAAAACAAUGGAGUAUGACAGCAGGAAGACAUCUAUGGGCAUUGAAUUUGCAAGAUAAGGGCAUCUGCCAUGUAUAAGCAUUAAACUUAGUUGCACAAGCCUAUAGAAAGUUUUUGUCUGAGCUACAUUUGGCUUCUAUGUCGCUCUGAGAUUGUUCAACAUGGAAGGAAUGAGAACGUACCAAUUCCCAUGAUAGCGUAAUAUGGUGAUCCGAACAUGUAAAGGUGGUAAAACAUGCUUUGGCAUGGAAUUGUCAACACUUUGCUGACUGUACAUGCUAUGGUCCAAAACCGAAAAAUUCCGAUUCAUUUGUGCUAAAACAGAUAUGUCCGGACCUA